AAACAACUGAUUUGUUGGUCAGUUUAGUAGCAUAUGGCGACUGGAAUUACACGUUAGCCGCCACCCCGAGUCGUGCACCAGCGAGCUUUGAUAACCAUCUGAUAUAUAUACAUAUAUAUAAAAGUAUACAUAUAACGGCAUCACGGUGAUUCCUUCUGAUAAGGGGCCUCUACAGUUAGGCCCCAGAGCAAGAAUGGACCUACUAUGUAGCAAGUUAUUGAGACUUGGUAUUCUGCAAACAUUUCUCAGCCUCAGUUGUACUGUUAUGGCCAGCGUUUGUCUAGACUACCUAAAAAACCAACAUGUACUUGCUGCACUUGCUGGAGGUGCCCUCUUUUGCUCUUUUUGUCUGACAGUUUGUGGAAUUAUUGAAGCAGUAGGAGGAACACAUUGGUUUUUCCGAAACAUCAACACAAAGCCAGUUUUAUUCCUUGUAUGUGUAGUAGAAUCGGUCAUCUUUGUACCAGGUGCCAUUGGGUUCUUUGGUCGAUUGUGUUACUUGAUAAAUGUAAUUCGAAGAUACAGUCCUGAAGCAUCACUAAAUAUUGAUUUUCCAGUUCUAGCUCUUGCAGUCAUCAGUCCUGUUGCAGGAUUAUUAGCUUUUAUGGUCUUCGGCAUCACAAUGUGUACUGCAGCUAUACUUCACUACCAUGAAUCACCAGCCUGUUUACAAGUGCAUGCCAUAUCUUAUAACCCAGAAGCAUGUGAGCAGCCACUGAUCGUCUGUACAUCAGAUAUUGAAGAUUCACAAGAUUAUUUGCCAUCUGACAUUGCUUUUGAUCAAUCAUUUGCAAGAAGACCCACAGAUUUUGAUGUUCCUUUACGAAAGUAUCAUAAGAUAAGAUAGUUUUGUACCUAAAACGUAAAGAACAAUUAUGGAAGUGAACUGCUUUUGUUCAGUGGCAAGAUGAUGAAUUCAACAAAAUCUACACAGCUGUCAAUGUUGAUAGGUUAUCAACUCAACAACAAACAAACAUUGACUGUGGUUUUUAUUCUUAGACAUCUGAGUCAUUUAUGCUGUUUAAGGGGAAAAGCCAUGUAUUUGUGUGACUGUUUGGUAUACACAGAUUUAUCACAUACACUGCUAAUGUCCUUGGGAAAGGCAUUAACAUCACAGAUAUCCACAUCACACUUUCCCUGAAAUAUAAGGUCUUUGUGCUGAGUGAAAAAAGAUAUGUAAAUUUGUUUGUCACCAACAAACAAAACAAAUACCUUGAUUUUUCUUAAUGAAGGUUUUCAUAACUAUGCAUUUUGCAAUUCUGUUUGCCACUAAAGUUUUGAAUUUAAAAAAAGAAGUAUCUUGGCUAAAACUGGUGGCAAAGAAAUGGAAAAAGAAGUGAAUAUAGUCUUUAUUGUAAAAUGAAGAAUUGUUAACAUUCAUAUAUUCUUCAUGGAAUAUUUAUCUCAUUAGCAUCACAAGAGAUCACCUUAUUUUAAUUUCUACUGAAUUGAAAUGCCAAGAGACAAAAUGAUUCCAUAAAGUAAAAUAAUUAGAGAAAUAUGAACUGUCAGGUGUUUUGUGCUUAAAAGUGAACUAUUUCUAGUGACUGAGUAAGGGCAGGGUUUAUGCUUAUAUUUUCUAAAAUCAUUUUCAACUUAUUGUUUGAUCUUUUCUUUUCCAUUCUCUUUAGUAACUGGCUGUCAUUUUGUACAGUGAAGAUGGUUGUGGUUUAGAACAUUAUAGUAGACGCUUAAAGCUACCUCACUUGUUAGUCUUUCACCAUUUUCAGAUUGAUAAAAUAAGUAAUACAGUAAUAAUACCAGUAAUAUGCUAAGAAUUAUUUCAAUUGACAAUACAUUUUCCCUGUAAAUGACUGGCAUUAAGCAUAAUCAAAAUAAAUUAUGUAAUCUUCAACCUUUAAUAAAA